CAUACACACAUCAAUAUGAAUCUACUUGGGUAGCACCAAAGUUUGAAUAUAUUCAUAAAAAAAUCUUAGAAUAUAAUUAUCAAAUAAAUUUAAAAAAAUCUUUUAAGUUUUCCCUUUGUGGUCAGUGCUAUAGCAUUUUGCUCAAAUUGAAUUCCACCAAAACUAAAAAAAAAUUAAUGAAUAAAACAACAGAUGUGGUAACAGAUAAUGCAAUGAAUAUAGUAAUGGAUAAUGCAACAGAUGAAUUGACAGAUGUGGCAACGGAUGUAGCAUCGGAUGUAGCAACAGAUGUAGUAUCAGAUGUGGUAACAGAUAUAGUAUCAGAUGCGUCAUCUUCUUUCUCUUUAUCUGUUAUAACCAAUGAUGAAAUAAUAAGUAGUGAUGAUAAUACCAAAUUUGAAAUAAGUUACAAAUUAAUUGUCAAAACUGCAGAAGGAACUUCAUUACCAGCCAAGUGGUUCAAAGAAUCAGCGUCGACUGUAGAUGAAUUUCUUUUAUCAAUUCAUAAUAAAAUUAUUGUAUUGGUAAAAGAUAAUAUUCUCUUACUAACUGAUUAUAAUGUUGCAUUUAAAACACCGAGAAAAACUGGUGCUGGUACCCAAUUAGCUGAUGCGUAA